AUGGACGCGCCGGGGGGCGUCGUCGGAGUCGGCGGCGAGUGCCACGCGGCGCAGGUGGUGGGCGCGGACGGCGAGAUGGACGCGGCCGCGAUGGAGCGGUUCGCCGCCGCCGCGGGGCUCCGGGGGCGGGGCCUCUCCUACGCCGUCGUCUCCAUCCUCGGGCCCCAGGGCAGCGCUUACCCUGGUGUCAGUUGCUCAUGGUGCUUGGUCGGUGAGGAAUCGAGAAUGAUCCAGGGAAAAGCACCUUGCUCAACCACCUCUUCGGGACAAGCUUCAGGAAAUGGAUGCCUUGAAAGGAAGGCACCAGACCACCAAGGGCAUUUGGAUCGCCAAGGCUGUUGGGAUCAGGCCGUUCACUGUUGUGCUGGACCUGGAGGGACGGACGGGAGGGAGCGAGGGCAGGAUGAUACAGCUUUCGAGAAGCAGAGCGCUCUGUUUGCUCUUGCAGUUUCAGACAUUGUUAUGAUAAAUUUGCCUCUUUUGAAAACAGUAUUUCAGGUCUUGAUGCGUUUAUUCAGCCCUCAUCGCAAGACAACACUGCUACUUGUUAUCCGUGAUAAAACAAAGACUCCACUAGAGUACCUAACACAAGCUCUCAAGGAGGAUAUUCAGAAGAUAUGGAACUCUGUUCAGAAACCAGAGGCUUACAAGGAAGCAGCGCUUAGUGAUUUCUUCAAUGUGGAGGUCACUGCUCUAUCGAGUUAUGAAGAGAAGAAAGAACUAUUUAAGGAGCAGGUUGGACAACUAAGGCAGAGGUUUUAUCAUUCAAUUGCACUAGGUGGUCUUGCAGCUGAUAGAAGAGGUGUGGUACCUGCUUCAGGCUUCUGUCUCAGUGCACUGCAGAUUUGGAAAGUAAUACGUGAAAAUAAGGACCUCAACCUUCCUGCUCACAAGGUCAUGGUUGCUACUGUUCGAUGUGAAGAGAUUGCAAAUGAAAAGCUCAAAAACUUUUUGUCUGAUAAGGGUUGGUAUGACAUGGAAACCAUGUAUUUUGAUGAAGGUGUAAGAGCUGCUAAGCGGCAACAAUUACAAUCUUCAAUGCUAGAUCACACAUAUCCUGCUAUCGAGAGAGUAAUGGAGCACCUGCAUCUUGUGGCUCUUAACAAAUUCAAAAGUGAUCUGGAACAAUCAUUAAGAACACAGAGAGGAUUUGCAGAAUCAGUUCGUCAGUGUUCUCAAGCUUCAGUGGAAGAGUUUGAUGCUGGAAUAAGAGAUACAGCAGUUAAACAUGUGCAGUGUGAUGCUUCAAAAGCUAGGAAUAAACUGCAAGAGCAUAUACAAGCUCAUGUAGAAUCUAUUAGGAACGCAAAAUUGGCAGAACUGAAAGCUAACUAUGAGAAGAAGCUGUCAGACGCAAUUGCUGGGCCUGUACAAUCAAUACUGGAAACUGGCAAGAGAGACUCCUGGGCAUGCAUUAGGAGACUAUAUAGGCGUGAGACUGAAAAUGCUGCUCUUGCAUUCUCAGCCUCCCUUUCUGAGUUUGAACUAGACCAGACAAUUUGCAGUAAGAUGGUCUCAGACUUGAGGAACAUGCAAGAAGCGUAG